AUGGCCAUGGGCCAAUCCCAAGCCAUGCCAAAAGUAAUAGAUGGAUACAGAGGAACUGCAACUCUUUACGGAAGCCAACGACGUGCAAACAGCAGCUCAGAUCCCGACUCGACCAAAAUAACGGGGGAAACUAUGGAUCCUCCAAUGAUAGACGUCUCCCAUCGCGUGCCUCUUUACGCAUCGGACGAGCUGCGUGCAAAUCUCUACGAUUUGGUUUUUGUCAACAAAUGGUUAUCGACCAAAAAGCCAUUUGAACCAGGAAAUGUGGCUGAUGAAGAGCUUGCAAAAGCAAUUGCUACUGAGGCCGUCCGCAGCAACAGAAAUGCAGGAGAAAGAGACCCACAGGAUGUCAAACUCGAAAACUCUACUCGAUCUUUUUGGAAGGAGGUGUUUGACGAUGUAUUUAAAGGCAAUGCGCAGUCCCAGGAGCUUGCUGAGAAAAUAAAGGAUCUUUGCAUCCGCCUGGCAAUGGCCAAGCCAACAGCAUUCAAAGAGUUCAAGGAAUGUGAAGCCAACAACGCCAUUGGUCUUUUACCUCGCUCUCUGCGCACUGACAUGCUGAUGGGAGCUUGGGAUGUGCUCGGCCACCUAUGGAUGACGGAUCUGAUGGAAAAGGAUACGGUAGACCGCCCCAAGAAUGCUUAUGAAGUGACAUCGAGUGCCGCCAAUUCAAACUGGAAACGAGUUGGCGUGUUUUGUGGCGGCAAGAUGAACUGGACCCCGUUCGAACCCAACAAUGAUAAGGACCAAGAGUUGUCGAAAGCUGUGGCUUCAAUGGUUCCUGAUUCUGCACUGGCAGCCAACUACCAAGAACUGUACAACUCAAUGUGGCCAGAAAGUGGAAGCAGCGAAGACUCCGACGUGAAUAAGGCAGCAAAAGAAUUGAGCUUUCGCAUGGCAUUGACAAAUCCAUCUGCCUUUGGAGACUCCUGCAUUGAGACCAGCAACGGGACUUAUCUAGUGCCAUCACGAGCAACACACCAAUGGAUGGGUGCUCAUCUAGUCUUUGGAAGUGUUUGGGCUGAUGAAGAAUGGACAGCAUGUAUAGAGAAACGUAACAAUCCUGAGGAAAAGCAACAAGGUGGGGCAACAGCAGGAGCAGCAAUUGAUGUUGAAAGAAGCAGCAGCCCGGUCCUUGACGAGCUUUCAUAUGCCAGUAUAAGCCCUCUUUCCAACGAGGAAAAAAGCUUGGAAGCUUUUCCUCUGCGGUUUGAAGUGGGCAGUGUCUCGUCACCUCCCCCUGGAAUGAAACCCCUUGCACCAGCAGACGGGCUCAAGGACAUCACGGGGGCAAAUGUCCUCGUGGGAAUGAAGAAGGACAAAUCCAUUCCAGAGCUAGCCGUCCCAAUUUCACCAAAAUGCACAAAAGAGAUCUGUUCUAUGCUGGAGAAAUCCGAAGGAUUCAUCUCAGUACCAAAUGUCGAACCCAAAGAGUUGUUUACGACUGUCUUGGGCAAAGUGAAGAGUAUAGAUAUGGAUUCGACGCCUUUCGACCCUACAAAUGAAGCGGAUGUUGAGUUAUCACAGGGAUUCCAGAAAGCCCUCAGAUCGGCGGGGAGCGAUUAUCAGGACAAGAUCUUCACAGUAUGGGAACGCUGCAUCAACGCACAUGACCAAUUGAAUGACUCGCAUAAGCUUGCAGUCAAAUUGGCCAGACUGAUCCUACCGUCCUUUGUAGCAGUUUCACUUUCGAUACAACCGAGGAAGCGACGGGGAUGA